GAUGAGUAGAAUAAAAGGGGCAACACCAGGGAGGAUGAUACAGGAAAAAAAACACAGUAAAAGAGGAAGUGGGACAACAGACAUUGAGCACAGCUAAUGAGGAGAGAUAUAUGUUUCUGAACGUGAGGGCUGCGAUUCUACUGGCGAUGGAACAGAGAAGAAGCCUUUCAAAACAGCUCUGAAGGCUUUGAUGACAGCAGGAAGAGAACCAUUUCCUACUAUUUAUGUGGACUCACAAAAAGAAAAUGAGAGAUGGGAUGUUAUUUCUAAGUCACAAAUGAAGAAUGUCAGAAAAACAUGGCACAGAGAACAAAUGAAGCAUGAAGCUAGGGAGAAGAAAGAGGCAGAAGACAGUUUGCGACGAGAGAAGAACCUGGAAGAAGCUAAGAAAAUUACCAUCAAGAAUGAUCCCAGUCUUCCAGAGCCUAAAUGCGUGAAGAUUCGUGCUCUAGAGGCGCACAGAGGCCAACGAGUGAAGGUUUUUGGCUGGGUCCACAGGUUACGUAGACAAGGAAAAAAUUUGAUGUUCCUUGUGUUAAGGGAUGGCACAGGAUUUCUGCAGUGUGUCCUGUCAGAUGAACUGUGUCAGUGUUACAAUGGAGUGAUCCUCUCUACAGAGAGCAGUGUGGCGGUGUAUGGUAUGCUAAACCUUGUUCCUGAAGGCAAGCAGGCUCCAGGGGGCCAUGAGUUGAGUUGUGACUAUUGGGAGCUAAUUGGUCUGGCUCCAGCUGGAGGGGCUGAUAACCUGAUCAAUGAGGAAUCGGAUGUUGAUGUGCAGCUUAACAACAGGUAUAUGAUGAUCCGAGGAGAGAACAUGUCCAAAAUCCUCAAAGUGCGCUCCAUGGUCAUACAGUGCUUCAGGGAUCACUUUUUUGACAAUGGAUAUUAUGAAAUCACUCCACCAACACUAGUCCAAACGCAGGUUGAAGGAGGCUCCACGCUAUUCAAACUGGAUUAUUUUGGCGAAGAGGCAUACUUGACACAGUCAUCCCAGCUGUACCUGGAGACCUGCAUCCCUGCAUUGGGAGACACGUUUUGUAUUGCCCAGUCGUACAGAGCUGAGCAGUCCAGGACACGCAGACACCUGGCAGAAUAUACUCACAUUGAAGCUGAGUGUCCUUUCAUGACCUUUGAAGACUUGUUGACCCGUCUGGAGAAUUUAGUGUGUGAUGUAGUGGAUAGAGUCUUGAAAUCAUCUGUAUCAACCUUCCUAUAUGACCUAAACCCGAACUUCCAGCCCCCAAAACGACCUUUCAGACGAAUGAACUAUACAGAUGCCAUUACAUGGCUAAGGGAACAUGGUGUGAAGAAGGAAGAUGGCACCUACUAUGAAUUCGGAGAAGAUAUCCCAGAAGCUCCUGAGAGACUGAUGACAGACACCAUUAAUGAACCAAUCUUGCUGUGUCGAUUUCCUGCAGAGAUAAAGUCAUUCUACAUGCAGCGUUGUCCUGAGGAUUCCCGGCUUACUGAAUCUGUUGAUGUGUUGAUGCCCAACGUUGGUGAGAUUGUUGGAGGCUCAAUGCGUAUCUGGGACAGUGAUGAGCUAUUAGAGGGUUAUAAGCGGGAAGGUAUUGACUCCACACCUUACUACUGGUAUACGGAUCAGCGUAAAUAUGGCACAUGCCCUCAUGGUGGGUACGGCUUGGGCUUAGAACGCUUCUUAACGUGGAUUCUGAACAGGCAUCACAUCCGUGACGUAUGUCUGUACCCACGCUUCAUUCAACGCUGCAAACCUUAACCACUUCCUCAGGAGAAAUUCAACAGAAAAUCAAAGCAACUUCUAAAAUCCUACAUGUUGGGGAGGGAAACAGUGCACUAUGUCAUCCGACAGUCCGUCUAAAGGCAAGAGCUAUUGCUCCUUGUUGCUUGAGCCAUAAAGUAGUACAGUUUUACUAAAACAACUAUCUAAUGUAGUAGCUGAAAAGGUGAAAUUUUGCUUAUUUGGAAGGUAAAAUCACUUAAAAAAAAUCUACAGAAAAAUUGCUCUUUUGUCAUUUUAAAACACCAUCUGGUUGGGGCAUUGCAGCUUUUAGCUCAUAGCAAAGUUUUCAUAUUAGAUUGACAUGUGAAACAUGCAGUGUGUACCAUACUUAACAUGCAACAUUUAUUUCUCCUGUGACUUUAACAUUCACUCUAUAUGUAUCUUAAAACAUUGGGGCACUUGAUUUUCUUUUAAAAGUAAUUUGGUUUAUGUUCUAUCUGUUUUGUGGGUUGUUCUGGUUAAAUUAAAUGAUCUGCCUUUUAAACAAAUUCUGUUUUGUAUUAAUAUGAGAGUGUGCAGCAGAAGUUAAUAAAGAUGGAAUCAUGUAAACUGUUAAAAAUACGUUAGAACAUUUGGGCCAAAUCCAUCACUUACCUAAGCAAAACUCUCACUGCAGUCAGUAGGAGUGUAGAAUUGAGCACAUCCUCCUAAUACAAAAAGAUCUGCUUUUUUUUGAGAGAGUUCAUUAAUUUGGAAAUGAUGGCUUCAGUUUUGAAAGGUACAGAGCAUCCUCCGCUGCUUUUGAUGUCUGCCAGAGAUCAGAAAUCUAUACCUUGCAGAACUGGGCCCUUUAACAGGACCAGCCAUUGUACAGCCUACGUGCUGAAAUAGAGCGAGGUGGAUAUGUUAGAAUGUUGUGUCUAGCUUCUUAGAAUGUUGUGUCUAGCUUCUCCUGUACACCUGCAUGUUUGAGUUCCCUUCAUCAGUUGCUCACUGUUGCUUGACACAUAGGAAGAAAACUGAAUUUUAAAGACACUGAUGCAGUUUGGUAACUUUGAAACUGAAAUAGUUUAAUUUCAGCAUUAUAUGAUUAUUUGGAUUCGUGUCCUCUUUAAGAGUAUUUUAAUCUAAGGAGCAUUUUUUCAUAGGUCAGUAAUGUAUUGUCUCCUAGAUGGCUCUAUACUGACUAAAGUUUUGGUAAUGGGUUCAGUGUACUGUUUCUGCUUCUCCUCUGUGGGUUCCCUCAAUGAUUGUAAGGAACUGUUACUUAAUUAUUAAGUGUUUUGAGCUGUCAGAAUGCAUUUUAGUCAUAAAUUAGAUAAAUCUUACUGGAACAAAUAGUAGGUGGGUUAUUUGAGACCUACUUGGAUACUUGCCUUGGGACCUAGUCUGGACUUUUCAUCUACACUGUGUAUGUAAACUGUUAAAUGUCACGUUUCUGUAGCAAAACUUCAUUUUUUCUUUUAGAAUUUUGCAUGUUGUGCACACACAUCAGUCCAAUCUGCCAGUCAAUAAAUUUAGCAUAACAUACA